AUGGGGGACGACGAAGGAAACCGCCAGCUUCCUUAUGGAGCCGAAUAUGCCAAAAGUUCCCGAGCUUCUUGCAAGGGAUGUAAAGAUACAAUUGACAAGGUAAGUUACAGUCCCUGUUAGCUUCUUAUUUAUUUAGGGAGCCCUCCGAAUGUCAUUAAGAACUCAGUCGAGGUUCUUUGAUGGUCUUCAGGAUAAUUGGUUCCAUUUUGAUUGUUUUUGGGGCCGAGCUAAAUCUGGAAUCAAUGAAGCCACGAUCAGAGGUUUUGGAUGGCUGAAAUGGGAGGAUCAGGAGAAAAUCAGAGCUCGAUGCAAGAUGAUCGAAGGUAUGUGUCUCAUUUUUGUUUCUUUAAUUUUUUAGACAAUCCAAAUUUGGCAGCCACUCCCAAAACUGCGACUCCAAAGGUUGAAUAUGCAAAAUCUGGAGCUGGAAGAUGUUUCAAAUGCAAGGAAAAGGUUCCGAAGGGCGAUCCUCGGGUCACUUUUAAGGCGAGCAACUAUCAUGUCCCAUGUUUCUUUGAAGAUAAGCUGUAUACGGAUUCCGCUGAGAAGUGAGUGGCCCUUUUGUGGUUUUAAUUUUUAGAAUUAUUGGAUUUGAUAAUCUUAAAGAAGAUGAACAGACAACUAUUAAAGAAUACCUUGGUGAAAAUGAAGAGAAAAACAAACCCGAGAAAAGAAGGGCCCAGGAUGAAGGAGAAGGUUCUAGCAAGAAAAAGAGCAAAGAAGAAACCAAGGAAGAAAGGGAGAAGUUAAAGGUAGGCGAACUGUUAAACUUGUAACUGCCGUUCAGGCUCAAACCAAGAUUUUGUGGGAACUUUUGGAACAACUGAGAACUCUGCCGAAGGAUGCAAUUGUAGCGCUUCUUCAAAAGAAUAAUGGCGUGUAUACUAAACAUGGAGUCGAAGCAGUGAGUCUUCUACAAUUAUUUUUUUACAAUUAGAAUUUGGAACAACUCGCCGACAAAAUGGUUUUUGGGCCUCCGACUUCUUGCCGAAACUGUGGUGGAAACUUCAGAUACAGUGAAUCGGCUCAUGGAUAUACUUGUACUGGGAAUAUCUCCGAAUACACAAAGUGUCAAACUUUUGUGAGAAAUCCCGAGAGAACCUACUUCAAAGUCCCAAAAGAGUUAAGAGAGGAAUAUCCGUUCUUGAAGGAUUAUCACAAGACUCCGGUAUGUUGAAUUAUAGAGGUUUGAUUUGUUUAGAAACUGGAUGGCCGUUUUUACUCUACAGUCGUCAGAGAAACGAAGAUCCAGGCUCCAAGUCAUUCCAAACACGAGAAGCAGUUUGAACGUGAGCUUAAUUGUAUUUCUUUUAAUUCAAGGUUUUACAGGGCGCUUAGCCGAGGAAGAAAAGAAACGUCAAGUGAAGAAUGGAUGUGUGGUUGAUCCAGAAUGCGAAUAUGCGGAGGAAACUCAUGUCUAUGUGGAAAAAAGUAAGGCAUUUCGAGGUUUAAAAUUGUUCCAUUACAGAAAGACCAUGGCAGGCCCUUUUGAGUGCAGCUGAUGCUGCAAGUGGUAAAAACUCAUAUUACAAAUUGCAAUUACUGAAACAUGAUCGUCAUCCUCAGUAGGUCAAUAAACGUUAAUGAAAUAUGAUUGUUUAGUUAUUAUGUGUUCAGAAGCUGGGGUCGUGUUGGAACUACUAUUGGUGGGAAUAAGACAGAAUCAUUCCAUGAGGAUCUUGAUGCUGCUAAACAUUCUUUUGAAACGUGCGUUGAAUUUAUAUUAUUCAUUUGCUUGAUUUUAGUUUGUUCGUCGAAAAAACUCGUAACGAAUGGUCGAAGAGGGACAAAUUCCAAAAACAUCCGAGGGGAAUGGAUCUCGUGGAGAUGGACUUUGACGAUCGUGCCUCAGGCAGAAAAGUGGCAUUGGUUCCUGAAAAGAGCAAGUCUAAAUUGGACAUGCCCAUUAAGGAGAUCAUCAGCAUCUUCUUCGAUACCAAACUUAUGGAUGCCGCAUUGGUUGAAUUUGACCUGGAUGUGGAGAAGAUGCCAUUGGGAAAGUUGUCCCAUAAACAUCUUCUGAAUGCACAUUCUGUUCUCUCACAACUGGAGGAUUUGAUAAUAAAUGGAACCGAGAAUAAGUCGGCCUUGCUCGAUCUCUCCAACAAGUUCUUCACCCUUAUCCCCCACGCAGUUGGAAUGCAAAAGUUGCCCAUAAUUGACAAUAUGGAUCUCCUCAAAGUAAGUUGUGAAACGAUGAGUUUCUAAUGCACCUAUUGAAUUUUUUAUGUCUUGUUUGGUUUUAGUCAAAGACGGAGAUGCUGGACUCCCUUCUGGAAAUGGAAGUGGCAUAUAAAAUGGUUAAACAAGAGCAGAAGGACGAAGAGAACGAUGGAGAUAUUGAUCCAUUCGAUCGGUACUAUUCUUCUUUGAAUUGCGAUGUCGCUGUCCUGAAGGAUGAUGACGAAGAGGUGAAGAUGAUCAAGACGUAUGCCAAGAAUACCCAUGGAAAGACUCAUAACUUCAAGAUUGACGUCAAGCAGGUAAGUAGAAACUGUUCGGAGUGUAAUUCAUAACUGCAUAUCAUGUAUUGUUUUAGGUCUUCAAGGUCAACCGUCGCGAUGAGAAUGAGCACUUCCGAACCGAUAUUCCUAAUCAUCAAUUGUUGUGGCAUGGCUCCAGAGUUACUAACUUUGCUGGUAUUCUCAGCCAAGGGCUUCGAAUUGCUCCUCCCGAAGCCCCAGUGAAUGGAUACAUGUUUGGAAAGGGUGUCUAUUUCGCCGAUAUGAUCUCAAAGUCUGCCCAAUACUGUGGAUCCACGAAUAAGGCGGAUGGAUUCUUGUUGUUAUGCGAGGUUGCGCUUGGAGAGAUUCAGGAAGAAAAAGCGGCCAACACUGAGAUCAAGAAGCCAAAGAAGGGAUAUCACAGUGUGAAGGGGCUGGGAGGUACUGCCCCCGACCCUAAGGGCACAAUUUCCCUUCCAGACGGGGUCAAGGUUCCUUGUGGAAAGGGAAAAACCAUGUCUAAAUCGCAAGAUUACCAUCUCUUGUACAAUGAAUAUAUUGUCUACGACGUGAACCAAAUCAAAAUGAGAUAUCUGGUUCGAGCAGAGAUGAACUACGAUUAUUCCGUCUAA